CUAACAGUGGACGAAACCGCUCUAGACAAUGACAGUUCACAAUCAGUGCUGGAUACCAAUCAGCCCGAUAGUGUCUUGCGGGUGAACGGAAGGCGAUUCAGUCCGGAGACUACAUUGUUGGUACGCGCACCGUUCGCACUGAAAGAACCGUUCAGCGUACAGCUAGUGUUCCAGGCCAAUUCACUGAACGGCACAUUGCUGUUCUAUCAACUUGCUCCCAGUCGACAAGAACAAAUGCUUGUGGAAAAUCCGACCGGGCAACAGUUCUUUUUGGCCAUUGUAAAUGGCCAGAUUGAAUUACGGUACGUGAGCAAUGGUCCUGCUGGACGUACACUCAGUGUUCGGUCGAUGCAGCAACUGAAACUGGGUCUGCAGCACACUUUGCGCGCUGGUGUGGCACAAGGUCGUCCGUGGAUUAAACUAGACAUGGAUCCGGAAACCACGGCAAGUGAAAUUGAAGAACGCCGGCAUGAGGCCAGUUUAUCCAGCAGUCUUUCUACUGGCGGUCAUGGGACAAUUGUCAUUGGACGUCAAGUUAUGGUUUCCCCAACAAGAUAUGCCCAACCGAUCGUCGAAGGAACUGUUGGAUUUUCCGGAUGUUUGCUCCAACUCAGCCUUCGUACAGAAUCCCCUUUGCAGGAGCAACAUGUGGAUUUGAUCAGUGGAGACAGUACUGAAUUGGCCUGGAUCGGAGUGGACCGAUUACCGUCCGGUUUGGCCGAGGCUCCGCUUUGUCGGCCCACCACGGACAGUUCGAUCGUGUCCACCAAUCAGGAGGAUCAGCAAACUGUGCAGUUGGAUGCAGGUCGGCGGACAAGCCUGUGCGAUCGACAACCUUGCUUGAAUGGUGGCACUUGUGAAUUGACAUCUGAUGUGGGUUACAUCUGUAUCUGUUCACCUGGAUGGCAAGGACAUCAUUGUGAUCAAGGAGUGAUUCUACUCAUCCCGCCGAGUAUGCGUUUUGCCACACAGAACACCGGGCCUUUUAUCAGUGUGUAUGUGGAUGCCAAAGGCUAUUUGUUUGUACAGUGCCGAGUCGGUCACCCGGUCAGUGAGGACCGGGUGGAAUUCUUGCACCAACAGCCGCAGAGUCGUCUGAUCACAUUUCGUUACAGUGCCCCCGUGCAACUGAAUCGGUGGCACACUUUAAUUGUGGAAAAACGUACCCGAGCAUUAGAUGUUCAACUGAAUGACGGUCCGAAAGAACGUGUCCGAACGGUUCCGGAAAAUUUUCGACGAUUACCUCGAAACAUACGACAACAGCUAUCGGCCUUCGACCUUUCAGAAAGUCCCAUAUAUGUUGGCGGGUUCAGUCCGAAUGAUCGUUCUGUUCCUUCAAUACCCGUGAGUCGUGGAAUGAGAGGUGCUUUACAAAAGUUAAACAUCAAUGGAGCUGAGGUUGUCCUCGCCGGUCCCAUCUCUCCCAACCCGGCGGAAUCGGGACCGGUUGAACCGACCGAAUUGUGGUCUCGUGUCACUCAGUGGCAGGGGCCCCCAUGUGGACCAAAUCACAGUCCUUGUUCGCCGGACAAACCGGAAUCCAUUUGUCGUCCACUAGGAUCGGAAGCCACGUGUGCCUGUUCCACACCGUUGCAACUGUGGAAGCUAUUGCGUGAGAAGUUGGACAAUGUGGAAGAUGCCGAACGAAACGCGUGUAAUCAGCGUCAAAAUGAAAUGAACAAGGCACGUGUCCGGAUGCUGGCCGAUCGACCGAGUUCGGAUGAGAGACUGAACGAACGAGUUCAGUACGAUGGACUACCAGGACCGAAUUCGGACAGUACGUUCGAUGACGUGAUCAAAUCAAAUCAGAUGAUGGAUUUGAAUGAUUUUACGAAUCAGUUUACUGAAAUCAAAUUGAAUUUGUGGAAGUUGGAAGAUGAAAUAUUUUCCAGCAUUACCGAACAGUGA